AUGUUAUUUGAAUAAUAUAAAGAUUAUGAAUAUGAUCGUAAGAAAAUGGAAUUGGAAAUAGAAUAUCAUACUCCCAAGACUAUUUUUAUUAAAGCUUUUGGAAUUGAACUUACAUUUCGAGAUGUUUGGCCAUAUUUAAUGGAAGAUGAUAGAAAACUGAAAUUAGUAAUUCUCUAAUUUAUAGUUCAAUAUUGUAAAACUAUGAUUCCUAAAUGGAAGACAACUGAAAAAUAUUAUGAGAAUUUCGAUCAUGGAAAUAUUGAAAAACCAAAUGAAGAAUUUUCACAUACCUUUUAUUUUUUCUAAUAUCUAGAUGAGUGGUCUUUGUGUAUUUAUUCUAGAGAACAAAAUACCUUAUAUAGUUAUGUUCUGAGUGAAUCUACUUAAAAGAAAAUUAAAUCAAUUUUUAUAGAUAAAGGAAUAAAAGUGGAUUAAAGAAUAAAUAUUCAAUAGACUGUGACUAUAGCUGAAGAAGACACAAUUGUCAUGAUCAAAUUACUCUAUUAUAUAUGUAAAUAAUAAGAAUUAAUAUUUUCAAUUGAUUAAGAAGUAGCUAUAGAAUGGAGAAAGAUGGUUAAAGUCGUAGAUUUAUUUUUGUUUGAAUUACAUAAGCAAUAUAAAGAAUAAAUAGAGAAUUAAUAGAACAGUAAAUCUUAAAAGUCAAUAGAAUAAUCUAAUCCUAAUCUUUUUCUUAAAUAAGAUUCUAAAUCAAUCGAAUUCAAUCCUGAUAAAUCUAAAUUUGGAGAGGCUCCUAAUUCUAAUUAAUCAGUGGAAUCUAAAAAAUAAUAAUAAUCAUUUGAAAAAUCACUUAGUGUGUCCAGAAUAAGACAUGGUUAAGUGACUGAUGAAAUGGUAUAAUUGUCCAAAGAAGAGUAUAAUUAUCUCAUUGAAUCAUUUAAAUAAUAAGUUAUUAAGGAACUCUAAUAAAUUGAACCAUAACAUCCUACCAUGUUCUUAUAAAAAUAUUUAAAAGGGAAUGGAGAUUUGAUGGUUAAAAAAGAUAUGGAAGGAAAAGAUGAGCUUAUUGUUAAAUUAAAAGGUGAACAAUUAUAAGUACUCUUAUAAUAAUAUGAAAAAUAUUAUUAAUAAUAAAUCAAUAAUUAAGAAUUUGAGAAACAAUAACAAUAGAUCAAAUAAUAGUAUUAAUAACAUAUGUAAUUUUAAUAAUUACUUAAUUAUUAUUAUCAACAUGAUCCUUCUUAAUACUAAAAAUUAGUUUCAGAAUAUUAUAAAAGAUUGAAUGAAUAAACAUUAUCAAAAUUGAGACCACUCUUUCCAUAGAAUAUGUAAUAACAAGAAUCAUAAGGAAAUAUAAGUCAAUAAAGUCUGAAAAUUCCCUACUCUCCUUAAAUUCAAUCUCUCUCUAAUAGCAAAUCAAGUGAUCGAUACAACAAACCCAUUAAUACACUUCCAUAACCAAGUUUUAAUGUUUCAAAAUCUUUCAGUUAAAAUUAAUAACUUUAAAACAGUGUUAAUUUUACUAAAUCAAUAGAUCCAUAAUUCAAACCUUCUCCUCAAAAUACUAUUGUCUGUUCAAGGUAUAACAAAUAAAUCACCUAUUCAGAAAUCAAUCUCUUACAAAAUAAAGGAGAAAUGACUGAAAAUUAACUCAAUUUCUAUAUCAGAUAUUUAGAAGAAAAGUAAUCUUCUCUUUAAUAAGGAACUCUUAAAUAAAUGAAAUUGAGAAUAUUUUAUCUAUCUACAACUUUCUAUAAAAGCCUAAUUAAAGAACAUAAUAAUCCUGAUAGUAUAUCAUAUCAAUCUGCAUCUGUAUAUACCUCUAAAUAUAUUGGCAAAGAUAACACAAUAUUUGAUAAAUUUGAUAUUAUUUUGAUACCUAUUGUUAUUGCUUCAGGUUUAGAAACUAUUCUUAUCAAUUUCAAUCUAACUUCAUAGACUAUUUAUUUUUAUGAUAGCUUAAUUAAUGGUGUAGGAUCCUAAAGUAUGGCAUAGUCUCACAUUGCUCAAAAUGGUUUAUUAAAUAAUCCAUUUUUGAUGUGUUGUUUAAGAUUCUUAGAAAUUGAGUAUAAUUAGAAAUUCAUGAAGACCUUAUCAUUAUUAAAAUGGAAUAUAGUCUAUUCACCACAUGAAAAAAUUAUAGAAAAUUCUAAAACUAAUUCAAUGAUAGCUUUCUUGAUAACGCAAAUUUCUAAAGGAAUUCAAGUUGAGAAGAGCUUUAAUAUAUAGCUUGAUCUGGCUAAAUUUACUUCAAACCUUAUAAAACUUUUCUCUUAGCUUGGUAUUACUCAAAAUAGAAAGAAUGAAUUUAAUUUAGAGAAAAUGGUAUUAUGA